CGCGUUGUCAAAUUGCUUCGCCACAUUUUUUACCUCCUGCGCACCCCCGUCCCCUCCCUUCACUUUUCCUACUGCUCCAUCACCCCUCCCUUUCUGUCUCUUGCUGCAUCCCUAGCUCAAAAAGAAGAGCACCUCGACAUCACUUAAUUCCCAGUCACCUUCCCUGUUUUAGCUCUUUCUUCUUUCUCAUUUUCCCUCUUUCUGUCCUCCAUCUGACCAAAAUCCAGCACCAUGAUGGAUAACACCAUUUCAGCCUAUUCUGAAAAACUGAAGGAGAUGUCAAUGCUGUCUCUCAUCUGCUCCUGCCUCUAUUCGCAGCCUCAUUCUCAAACCAUGAGCCACUUUGAGGAUAUUGAGGUAAAGUCCCUGAAUAAGCGAACAUCUAGCCAGGCUUUUGAGAUCAUCCUGAAUAGUCCCACUGAUUUGUCACCAGACAAGCCUCAGAGCCUCUAUCUGACAGCCCACAAGAAGGAGCCCUUACUGGAAAACCUGCAGAAAAAACUGGAUGCUGCUGAGGAAAGGAGAAGAAGUCUGGAGAAGCAGAUUUUGCAGCAGCUGUCAGAGAAGCGAGAACAUGAGAGGGAGGUUCUCAAUAAGGCCCAUGAAGUUAAUGACAACUACAGCAGAAUCACAGAGGAGAAGCUCAAUCACAAAAUGGAAGUGAGCAAUGAGAAUCGCGCGGCCUAUCUCAGUGCCCUAAAGCAACGCCUGAGAGAAAAAGAGUUACAUGCUGCAGAGGUACGCAGGAAUAAGGAGCUGCAGUGUGGACUCUCUGGCUGAAGCAGACAACACAUAUUUUAAAAGCCUACCAACCUUUGGCUUUGGGGCAGAAAGUAAUAGUCUAUGACUUAUUGUCAUUUUAGAUGCCUGAACUUCAUAUACAAAUAUAAAGCUUUGCAUUAACAGAGCACUUUCUGGAAUAAUCACGCAUAUACUGGUUGUGAGUGAAAUUGUAUGGGUCAUCCCUUGUAGUUUUUUUUUUCUUAAAGCAAUAUGACACUUGAUUGAAUGCUAAUGACAAUAAACUGAUUUCAGUGCAUUAUAAUGACUUCUUAUAAAAAUGUUAUUUGCAACCCUCAUUUAAAAAAGACUUUGUCUUUAAAUGUUGAACUAGCAAAAUAAUUUGCCACAUUC